AUUAGAGAUCGUUCAAAUUCUAGACUAACUAAUUCAUAUGAAAUGAAAAAUAAACUAAAUGACAUACAACUAGAUAAUGAUGAAACAAUGGUCAGUUUUGAUAUAACAAGUCUUUAUACUAAUAUACCAGUCAAUAUGGCCUUAGAAGCAGUUAAAAAAGAACUAACUGUGGAUCCUGAACUCAAUCAUAGGACAAAGCUGUCCAUUGAAGAAAUUAUUUUAGGGAUUCAGCUAUGCCUAACAUAUACUAUAUUUAAAUUCCAAGGCAAAAUAUAUAGACAAACUGAAGAUGUAGCAAUGGGAUCACCAAAAUCCCCUAUCGUAGCAGAUAUAUUUAUGGAUAGCUGGGAAAAUAUGGCACUUAAUACGUUUAAUCCUACACCAAAAAUAUAGUGG